AUGGUGGACCAGACAGAGCCUUUGGCUCCCCCAAAGGAGUCUGAGGCUCCAGAAGUAAAGAGCCCAGCUUACCAAGGACCUGUCUCAAGUCACGACCAAGUCAGAAAAGCACCGACACAGACUGGCUUUGAUACACGAGUUCAAUUGCCUGACUCGGAACACGGCCAGGCAACGGUCAGUCUUCUUGAUGGUAGUCAAGAACAAUUCACGCCGACGCAUCCUUCUUUCAGUAUGGAAUCGAUGGCAAACUCACUUCCUACACAGACCUACCAUCCGAUGUUUUCCACCAAUGGACACCAACAAGGGUUCCAGCAGCAACACCGUGGUGGUCCCCAGACACAACGAUUUCCUCAUAUACCGCACUCCUCGACUAUGUACAACCAUGCCGGCGCGCACGCACCUCAUUUCUCGACACAGCCCAACAUUCUUGGUCAACCUUUCUACAUGCAGCCUCAAGCACAGAUGCCGCCGUUCUAUGGCCACCAUCAGAUGGCCGGCACGCAGGGUCCGCCGACCCAGCUUGGCGUCGGUCAGUCACGAUCAAACCCUCCUUACUAUACCGGUCCGAUCAUGAUGGGCCAGCACAACCCCUCAGGCUACUAUUAUCAACCUCACAUGGGCUCGUUUUCACCGCCGAACCAUCUCCACGCGGGAAAUAUGCAUGGCAAUCACUACGGACGUAUGGAGAACGGCGAUACGAUGAGUCAAUCUACCCCUACGCCGCAGCAAAACCAAACUGUCAGCAGCAGUCACGCCAACGUUGUUCGAGGCCCUCCACGGAAACCCCGACAGAAUGGACAUGCCAUCUGGAUUGGGAAUCUUCCUCCACAAACCGACCUAAUGACCUUGGUUCGACACGUCUGCGCCGAAACUCAGGGACUCGAGUCUCUCUUCCUCAUCUCGAAGAGUAAUUGUGCAUUCGCGAAUUUCAAGGAUGAGGAGAAAUGCAUAGCCGCUCAACAAAAGCUACACGAGUCGAAAUUCCAGUCUGUCCGACUUGUCAGCCGGCUCCGCAAGAGCACUGUUGAGGGAGCAGCCGGGCAAACAGCACCUACAGGCCCAGCUUCAAUCACGCCGACUGUCCAAGUCUCGGGAUCCACGGGCGUCAAAGAUCAGAUUGCAACUCCACACGAGAUCAAACCCACGAUUGCUCAGAGCCAAGCAGAGCGACCAAGCAGUCACACCGAACACGAACAGUCUAUGACACAAACUUCUGACCGGUCCUUGCAGCGGGACAGAUUUUUUGUGCUGAAAAGUCUUACGGUCGACGACUUGGAACUUAGCGUUCGGACUGGGGUGUGGGCUACGCAAUCACACAACGAAGAGGUUCUGAACAAGGCUUUUGAGACUGCUGCGAAUGUCUAUCUUGUAUUCUCAGCCAAUAAAUCAGGAGAGUACUUUGGAUAUGCCAGGAUGACGUCUCCGAUCAACAAUGACCCUGCGGCGGCAAUCAAAUUCGCUCCGAAAGUGCAAAGCACAAACGACAUUGACCUUCCGAAAUCGAUCCCUACCGAGGCGACGGACGUUUGCCCCAAAGGUCGAAUCAUUGAUGAUCUGUCUCGAGGCACCAUAUUCUGGGAGAUUGACCGGGACGAGGAAGAUGAGGCUGUCAGUGACGCCAACUCGGAAGGCUCAGGAAGCAUACACGAGUUUACGGAAGGAGAAGAAGAAUCAAAGGCGUGGGGCAGGCCGUUCAAGCUGGAGUGGCAAUCAACCACAAGACUGCCUUUCUACCGCACUCGGGGGCUUCGAAACGUGUGGAAUUCCAACAGGGACGUCAAGAUUGCACGCGACGGUACCGAGCUCGAGACCUCUGUCGGCAGGAAGCUCAUUGGGUUGUUCAACCGCAUUCACACGCCCGCGCCGCAUGGGAACAUGGCAUAUCGAGCAGGCGUGAUGCAGCCAGCAGGGUACGGACAGCCUACACCGAUGCCGCCGUCAUACUGCUAG